AUGAAGCUUUUCACUAUGCUUAUGGCUUUGCUAUUUCAGUCCUUUUUGUUGCAAGCUCAGGUGAGCUUACCACCACCUCCCAUUCCUAGCCCUGAUCCUUCCCUGGGGUUAGUACCACUAGGUGUUCCUUAUUAUUAUAGUUAUAUCCCACCUCCUCCUCCCGUUGUUCUUCCACCACCACCACAACCGCCACCAUCAGGACCACCUCCCAUUCCCAGCCCUGAUCCUUCCCAGGGGUUAGUACCACCAGGUGUUCCUUAUUAUUAUAGCUAUAUCCCACCUCCUCCUCCCGUUGUUCUUCCCCCACCGCCACCACCUCCCCUUGUUCUUCCCCCAGCGCCACAACCGCCACCAUCAGGUCCUAAUCCGGCUGAUAGAGCUCUUUGUACUGUGCAAUGUAGUGCUGAUUGUGCCUCGAUCUUUGGUCCAUCGAUACAACCCAAUAAAUUUCGGCGCACCCCCAGAACUCCCCCCAGCAAUCCCACAACUCCUAGCACACCCACAACUCCUGGCACUCCCACAACUCCCAGUACUCCCUCAGCUCCGGGCACGCCUGCAACUCCGGGCACUCCUACAACUCCUGGUACUCCGGCAGCUCCGGGCACACCUGCAACUCCGGGCACUCCAACUCCUGGUACUCCCGCAGCUCCGAGUACGCCUGCAACUCCGGGCACUCCAAACGCUCCUGGUACUCCCACAGCUCCGAGCACGCCUGCAACUCCGGGCACUCCAAACAUUCCCAGUCCUCCCGGUUGGAAACGAUUCGAAAUACCAAGGGAUAUUCCUAAGGCAGCUUACCAGAACAAUGAUGCGGACCAGAAAUCAUCAGUGUUCGACUUCAACAGUAGUACUGCUACUGAUGAUGGAAUUGGAUUUCGAUAUUCUAAUUAA